AUGUCCUUCACAUUUCCACCCUUCCUACUCCCAUACAACACGUCCCCAGCAACCUACCUCACCUCCAACCCAGGGGCAACCAAACUCGUCGUCGGCGCGGUAAUCACCAACCACCACGACCGCGUCCUGCUCAUCCAGCGCGCCGCGCACGACGGGUUCCCGCUCAAGUGGGAAUGCCCCGGCGGCUGUGUCGAUGAUGCCGACGAGAGUGUUCUCCACGCCGUCUGCCGUGAGGUGCUGGAGGAGACUGGCUUGGUUGUGACACGCGUGUUGGGGGUUGUGGAUCAGACUGAGUUUGAGGGGAAGGAGGAGGGGUGGCGGUGGAGGAAGAUUACUUUUCUGGUUGAGGUUGAGGUUCAGAGUGGGGAUAAUUUGGAAGUUGAAGGGGGUUCGGGAUGUGGUGAAGGGGUGCUUGGGGUGCGGUUGGAUCCUGCGGAGCAUUGUGAUGCCGUCUGGGCGAGUGAGGAGGAGGUCAUGGCGGGUUCUUGUGGUGGGAGGGAGAUUGAGUUUGCGUAUGAGGAGCAGAGGAAGCUGGUGUUAAAGGUGUUAAGGGGCUGCCGGUCAGGUGUGGAAACGGUUGUGGGUUGGGUCGUUUGA